AUGAAGGCUGUGAAAUCUAGCACCCAUGGAGAUCAAGAAGAUGGCCGAUUCCCAUUUGAGCUUCUCCCUCAUGAAAUCAAAGAAAUGAUUCUCGAAAGAGUAAUAGAUGAGACAGCGGACUUCGAUGACUUUCAGAAGUUCUGGAGAUUGAAACUCGUCAACAAGGAGUUUAAUUCCAUCUUGAGCAGCAACUAUGCUCGUCGCCACUUCCCCAAGUACCGUUUUGAGUUUAUGUUUCGAAAACACGAUAUUGAGAACCACGUUAACAUGUAUAUCAUCGCUAAUGGUUUUCCCAAAUACGAACCGGGUCAACUCUUCAAAAAACACAUUGAAAUCAAAUGGGAAGAUGUUCCAAGAUACUUCAAAGAUAAACCGUUCAGAAUAAGGUUUUUAGACAUUGAAGCAGUAUGUGCUGUAUUAAAUGAUCAUAUGGUACCGGCUCUAAAAGAAUUGGCCAACCAAACUUCUGAGAGUGUCUCGGUGAGGGUUCUGAUUCGGUCUACAACUCGUACUGGUCGUUUUUACUACAGCAAGAAGACGGUGACGCUGGAAGAAUUCAUACAUUUUUUUAUUUACAAGCCCGAUGGAUACUUGGGUAGGAUGUGUUCAUGGAUGCCUAAGACUAAUUUGUGA